CCGGUUCGAGUCCGGGCGACGCCAUUUUUCUUUUUUUUUGCUUUUUUUUUUCAUUCAUUUUUCCCUUCUACCGAGUACGACGUCGUCUCAUCUAGUCGCCGACGAAACAGUUGCACGGUGCUCCAUGGACCAUCGUAUGCACACGUAAUUUCACCACUCGCCCCUUCCGCGGUUCCAGCUCCUUGUGUGUCAAAAAUGUUGGUGGGGGUAGUUAUUCAGUGAAUCACUCUCAUCGUACUCCAAGCUCCGCCUCAAACUCUCUCUUUUUUAUUUUUUUCCCCUAACAGUUCUCCGUUUGCCCACUGAAUUUUCUCCCACUUUCUCGGGAAAAGUGAAAAAAAAAAAAAAGGAAGAAAACCCCAAAUGGAAGCUCAAAGAUGGAUAAGAGGCUCCAGAACCAAACAAAAAGCUGACCUCGCUGGAGUCCUCCGAAAGUCGUGGUACCAUUUAAGGCUCUCAGUCAGACACCCUUCUCGUGUUCCCACCUGGGAUGCCAUUGUUUUGACUGCAGCUAGCCCCGAGCAAGCCGAGCUCUACGAAUGGCAGCUCAACCGCGCCAAGCGGAUGGGCCGAAUCUCUCCCUCCACCGUCACCCUAGCCGUCCCCGAUCCCCUCGGCCAGCGUAUCGGCUCCGGCGCUGCCACUCUCCACGCCAUUCACGCCCUCGCCGCCCAUUACCACCAGAAGCUCGGCAUUUCUCUCGCCCCGCAGGAACAGCAGAUGGCAGCAACUGAUAACGGCAUUUCUGAAGCUUCUGUGGUGCAUGAGAGUUCCAAAGAUGAAAAUCUCUUCCUGCCAAUGGUUAGCUUCAUUGCUAAAAGGCAUAUACUAUUGCUUCAUGCUGGAGGUGACUCUAAAAGGGUCCCGUGGGCAAACCCAAUGGGAAAGGUUUUCCUGCCUCUUCCAUAUCUAGCAGCAGAUGACCCCGAUGGGCCAGUUCCACUGCUGUUUGACCAUAUACUGGCAAUAGCUUCAUGUGCAAGACCAGCCUUUAAAAAUGAAGGUGGGAUAUUUAUCAUGACUGGAGAUGUUCUUCCAUGUUUUGAUGCCUUCACCAUGAAUCUCCCAGAGGACACUUCCUGCAUCAUCACUGUUCCUAUAACCCUCGAUGUUGCUUCUAACCAUGGUGUUGUUGUGGCAUCUAAGAGUGGGAAUCUGGAAAAAAGUUAUAAUGUCAGUUUGGUUGACAAUCUCUUACAAAAACCUAGUUUGGAGGAGCUUUCCAAGAAUAAGGCAAUCCUAGAAGAUGGUAGAACACUUCUUGACACAGGAAUAAUAGCAGUUAGAGGAAAAGGGUGGCUGGAUCUAGUUACAGUUGCAUUGGCAUUCCAACCAAUGAUUUCAGAACUUCUAAAGAGCAGAAAAGAGAUUAGUCUUUAUGAAGAUCUGGUAGCAGCUUGGGUACCUGCAAAACAUGAGUGGUUGCGGCAACGCCCUAUGGGUGAAGAACUGGUCAACAGAUUAGGAAAGCAGAAGAUGUUCAGCUACUGUGCAUAUGAUUUGCUGUUUUUACACUUUGGAACGUCAAGUGAAGUCUUAGAUCACUUAAGUGGGACUGGUUCAGAACUUGUAGGUCGAAGACAUUUGUGUUCUAUCCCUGCAACCAAUGUCUCUGACAUUGCAUCAUCUGCUGUUGUUCUUUCUAGCAAAAUUGCACCUGGUGUCUCAAUUGGGGAUGAUUCUCUUGUGUAUGAUUCAUCCAUUUCCAGUGGAAUACAAAUUGGCUCCCUUUCCAUUGUUGUUGGUGUUAAUGUUCCAAAAGUAAAUGAUACAACUGAAAACCCAUUUAGGUUCAUGCUUCCUGAUCGCCAUUGUCUUUGGGAGGUCCCAUUAGUAGGAUGUACUGAAAGAGUCAUAGUGUAUUGUGGCCUUCAUGAUAACCCCAAAGAUUCACUGUCUAAGGGUGGAACUUUCUGUGGGAAACCCUGGAGGAAGGUAUUGUUUGAUUUAGGAAUUCAAGAAAGAGACCUAUGGAGCUCAAGUGGCAAUCAUGAAAAGUGCUUAUGGAAUGCAAAAAUAUUCCCUAUUCAUUCUUACUUUGAGAUGCUUAAUUUGGCAUCAUGGUUGAUGGGCUUAAGUGAGCUAAAAUCUGAGCAAUUGCUUGCUUUAUGGAGAAGUUUGCGCCGUAUUAGUUUGGAAGAGUUACAUAGAUCAAUUGAUUUUUCAAAAAUGUGUACAGGCUCUAGUAUUCAUCAAGCUGAUCUUGCUGCUGGAAUUGCCAAAGCUUGCAUUAAUUAUGGCAUGCUUGGGCGGAACCUGUCUCAAUUGUGUGAAGAAAUUCUUCAGAAGGAAGUUUUGGGACUUGAAAUUUGCAAGGACUUCCUUGACAUGUGUCCGAAGCUUCUAGAGCAGAACUCUAAAAUACUUCCAAAAAGCCGAGCAUUCCAGGUGCAAGUUGAUCUUCUUCGAGCAUGUGGCAGUGAAUUGACGGCAAGCAAGUUAGAGCACAAAGUUUGGGCAGCAGUUGCUGAUGAAACCGCUUCAGCAGUAAGAUAUGGUUUUAAAGAACAUCUCUUGGAAUCUCCUAGUCAUGUCUCUGCUUCAGCAUUUCUGGACAACAAUGAUGACUGCAUGGAUCAAUCUUUCCAUCCUAGAAGUGUAAAGGUUGAGUUACCGGUUAGGGUUGAUUUUGUUGGGGGUUGGAGCGAUACUCCUCCCUGGAGCUUAGAACGUGCUGGUUCUGUUCUAAAUAUGGCUAUAAGUUUAGAAGGUUCUCUUCCAAUUGGCACCGCCAUAGAGACAACAAAAGCAGCUGGUGUCUUUGUUAAUGAUGAUGCCGGAAAUGAGUUACAUAUUGAAGAUCUUACCUCUAUUGCUCCUCCAUUUGAAAGCAAUGAUCCAUUCCGGCUUGUCAAAUCUGCAUUGCUUGUGACUGGCAUUAUCCAUGAUAAUAGUCUUAUAUCAAUGGGUUUGCAAAUCAGGACAUGGGCCAAUGUACCUCGUGGCAGUGGCCUGGGGACUUCAAGCAUCUUAGCAGCUGCCGUUGUGAAAGGACUUCUCGAGAUAAUCGAUGGAGAUACUAGUAAUGAAAAUGUUGCAAGACUUGUUUUGGUAUUAGAGCAGCUUAUGGGAACAGGCGGUGGCUGGCAGGAUCAAAUUGGAGGUCUAUACCCUGGUAUUAAAUUUACUACAAGUUUUCCUGGAAUUCCAUUGCGGCUUCAAGUCAUCCCACUAUUGGCUUCUCCUCCAUUAGUUUCAGAAUUGCAGCAGCGAUUGCUUGUUGUAUUUACUGGUCAAGUUCGACUUGCACACCAGGUCCUGCAGAAGGUCGUAACUCGGUAUCUUCGAAGGGAUAACCUUCUUGUGUCAAGCAUCAAGCGCCUAGCUGAACUGGCAAAGAUCGGGAGGGAAUCUUUGAUGAAUUACGAUAUAGAUGAUCUGGGGGAGAUAAUGUUAGAGGCUUGGAGGUUACAUCAAGAACUCGAUCCUUACUGCAGUAAUGAAUUCGUUGAUCGACUUUUUGAAUUUGCUGACCCCUAUUGUUGUGGUUACAAGCUUGUGGGUGCUGGUGGUGGUGGUUUUGCCUUGUUACUUGCCAAGGAUGCUAAGCAUGCAAAGGAACUAAGAAAUUUGCUGGAAGAAGAUUCAAGUUUUGAUGUUAAAGUCUACGAUUGGAACAUCUUCUUAGCAUAGUUAAUUGUAUAGAUUUUGUCAGAAGGUUGCUUUAUUAUUAUUAUUACUAUUCUUUAAAUAAUUCUGAUAUAUAUUCUUUACUGUAAUUUGAGAGGUGGGUUUUGUCUUGUUGUGGUGUCUAAGAAAUGUAGUUGAUUGGGUAAUUCGUGUACAGUUGUGUAUUAUAUAAUAAGAUAAAUAUGGGAGUUACGGAACAGAUAACUAAUAAAGAGUCUAAUAACAGUUACCAUAUUCUUUCA